UAAGACUGGCAGCCUUCUUGUCCAAUGAGCUACUAAAUGUUAACAGGAAGCACUGUUUUUUUGCAGCAAGCCCCGCCUUUCAGUUCCUGUACUACUUGUUCCUGUGUUUUAAAGACAUGCUCAACCUAUUUCCAAAGCUUCUUUGCUACAUAAAGACUUCUCCACGGAUCAUCAGGACGUCCUGUUCACAGAGGGUUUUACCUGUUUUAACUCUUUUCACAAAGGAUCCAUGUCCCUUGUGUGAGGAAGCGAAAGAAAUGCUUGAACCAUAUAAACACAGGUUUGUAUUGCAGGAGGUGGACAUUACUCUUCCUGAGAACAGUGUAUGGUAUGACCGGUAUAAGUACGACAUCCCAGUGUUUCAUCUGAAUGGACAGUUUUUGAUGAUGCAUCAAGUAAACACAACAGUCCUGGAAAAGCAACUGGCCAAAUCCGAGAAAAAAACAGUCUAAAUACUCAAAGUUACAUAAAACUAAUAUACUGUGACUUUUUUUUACUGUUUUAUCUCAGUUUUUGUGCUUGUAGAGAACUUAGUACAAUUGAAUAUUAAUAAAUAUGUAUGGAAAUUAAAA